AUGGACGCACUUCUUCAACCCCCUCGACCAAACCCUCAACCCAACCCUAGGCUAAUGAAAGACUUUGGUAGGCCCCAAGUAGGAGGUUCACCCUCUUGUAUAGUGCUUACUGAUGCAGCCAGGAACUAUGAGCUAAAGACGGUUCACUACAACCAAUUGCCGUCUUUUCACGGUUCAGCAAACGAAGAUGCCCUUACCUUUAUCAGGGAUUUCUACGGGAUAGUCCAACACUUCCCGUUGAAUGACUUGACCGAGGGUGCACUAAGGAUGAGGUGUUUCCCAUACACCUUGAAAGAUGCAGCAAAGACAUGGCUAAUGACUCUCACACCUGGAUCCCUUCGGACAUGGCCGGAGGUGUACAACAAGUUCAUAGGUAAAUUCUAUUCCCAUGCUAAAACUGCUGAAUUGAGAAGAAAAAUUGCGACCUUUUCGCAAGCUGAAGGCGAACCAUUCCAUGAGGCAUGGGAAAGGUUUAACAUGUUGCUCAUUCAAUGCCCCCACCAUGGCUACCCGUUGGAGCUUCAAAAUCAAACUUUCUAUGAUGGUUUGACUCAAACCAGCCAAUCAAUGGUUGACAAUGCGGCUGGAGGGGCCAUGGGAGAAAAAACUGCGGAGGAAACCUUAGCAUUGUAUGAAAUGCUAGGGGCAAACUCCCAACAAAAGAGCGUCAGGGGACGGACGCCAGGUAUGUAUGAAGUUAAUUCAAAUGCUGGGUUGGAAAUUCAAGUGUCUGAGUUAGCUAAACAAGUGAAAAGUAUGCAUUAUAUGAUGAGUAUGAAGCAAAACAAUGCAUCGAUGGUGGACGAAAAUGUUCAUAAUUUUGAACAGGCCAAUGCUAUGAAUAGUUUCAAUCAAAGGCCUAGAAAUGACCCACAGCAAGAAGCAAAUAACCAGCGGUUCCAAAUGCAACAAGAAGCAAACGAUCAACGGUUCCAACAAACAGAGGCAUCACUUGCUAAAACUGAGGCUUCACUUGCCAGAAAUGAAGCUUCCAUGAGAAAGUUGGAAGUCCAAGUGGGGCAAAUUGCCGAAGCUCUACAAGGCCAUGUGCUAGGUAAGUUGCCUAGCCAACCUGAAGAAGCUAAGGUUAUGACUGUGUUAAGAAGUGGUAGAGUUAUUGAAAAUGUUGUUAAAGAAAAUACCACUUCUAAACAAGCUGAAAUAGUUGAAAAUUUGAAUGUUGAUAAUGAUGCUAAUAAGGAUGAACCCAAAUUGCAUAAAUCUAAUGAUCCUUAUGUGCCCCCUAAGCCAUGUGCUCCCCCAGUUCCUUUUCCUGGUAGGUUGAAAAAUUCAAAGUUUGAUAGAUCAUUUUCUGAGAUUUAUGAUUUGUUGUCAAAAGUGAAUGUGAAUUUGCCUUUGUUAGACAUGAUUAAAAAUAUGCCUGCCUAUGCUAAGUUUUUGAAAGAACUAAACACAAGAAAACGUAGGUAUGAACAUAACGAAAAAGUUUUUAUGUCUAAAACUGUGAGUGCUGUUUUGCAAAUUGACUUGCCCCCAAAAUUAGAAGACCCCGGUAGUUUCAUAAUAACUAUUACAGUGGGGAAUUCUAAGAAAGAAAAGGCAAUGCUUGAUUUAGGGGCAAGCAUUAACUUGAUGCCUUAUUCUGUCUACUUGCAGUUGGGUCUGGAUAGAUUAAAACCUACUACAAUGUCCCUAGAGCUUGCUGAUCGCUCUAUUAGAUAUCCUAGGGGUAUUGUAGAAGAUGUUUUGGUCCAAGUUGAUAAACUAAUAAUGCCUGCCGACUUUGUUGUUUUAGAUAUGAAUAAAAAGUGCAAUCAUGCGCAAGACAUGCCUAUUUUGCUUGGCCGACCUUUCAUGGCCACAGCAAAAACAAUGAUUGAUGUCCAAAAUGGAAAGUUAACCAUGACUGUCCUUGAUGAAACUGUUGAAUUUUCCAUUCUGAAAUCGAUGAAAUUGCCUGAAAACAAUAAUAAUCAUUGCUUUACUGUAGACAUUUUAGAUUCUAUAAUUUCUGCUGAGUUUUUAGAUGAAUCUCCGUUGAAGGUCGGAGCUGAUGAAGAUGAACCUAAUCAAAGCCCAAUAAAAGAAGGGGGUGUUGAAGGAUGUUCACUCACAGACUGCCUGGAACAAAUCAAAGAAAGACACCAUCCCUCAAUUGCAGCUGACGUUCCGCCCAAGCUGGACUUAAAACCUCUUCCUAGUUCUUUAAAAUAUGCUUUCUUAGGUCCAAAUAAUACUUAUCCUGUAAUAAUUGCCUCUAACCUUUCACAGGAACAAGAAAACAGUUUGCUAGAAGUUUUAAAAAAAUAUAAAAGUGCAAUAGGUUGGACAGUAGAGGAUAUUAAAGGAAUAAGUCCUACAGUUUGUAUGCACCGAAUCUUACUUGAAGAAGGGGCAACUCCUGUCCGUCAACCUCAGCGCAGGUUAAAUCCAAAUAUGAAGGAGGUUGUACGUGCAGAAGUCCUAAAGUUGCUGGACUCGGGUAUUAUUUACCCAAUCUCAGACAGUAAAUGGGUAAGUCCAGUUCACGUAGUGCCGAAAAAAUUUGGAAUUACUGUUGUUACUAAUGAAAAAAAUGAGUUAAUCCCAACUAGAACAGUAACUGGGGGCAUAGAGGUUGACAAGGCUAAAAUUGAAGUUAUUUCUAAAUUACCUCCCCCUACAUCUGUGAAAGAAGUGCGAAGUUUUCUUGGUCAUGCAGGUUUUUACAGGCGCUUCAUAAAAGACUUUUCAAAAAUUUGUAGGCCCAUGUGUAACCUGUUAGCAAAAGAUGUUGUCUUCAAGUUUGACGAUGAAUGUUUGUCUGCUUUCAAUUUUUUGAAAGAAAAAUUAACUUCUGCUCCCAUUCUCGCUGCACCUAAUUGGGAGCAUCCUUUUGAAAUAAUGUGUGAUGCAUCUGAUUAUGCCAUAGGUGCUGUUUUAGGACAUAAAAUUAAUAAAUUGCCUUAUGUGAUUCAUUAUGCAAGUAAAACUUUGGAUAAUGCUCAGGUUAACUACACAACUACUGAAAAGGAGUUGUUGGCUAUAGUCUUUGCAUUAGAAAAAUUUCGUUCUUACUUGAUUGGUUCUAAGGUGAUUGUUUAUUCUGAUCACUCUGCUCUGAAAUUUUUGCUGGCUAAAAAAGAUGCUAAGCCUAGGCUAAUAAGAUGGAUUUUGUUGCUGCAAGAAUUUGAUUUGACUAUCAAGGACAAGAAAGGGUGCGAGAAUGUGGUAGCUGACCAUUUAUCUCGUUUACCUGAUGCAGCUAAUAAUUGUCUUAAUUCUGCUGUUCCUAUAAAUGACAGGUUCCCUGGUGAACAGUUGCUUUCGUUACAAAAUAAAGAGCCUUGGUAUGCAGAUUUUGUGAAUUAUUUAGUCUCGGGUCAAUUUCACCCAGACUUAAAUUCACAAGGAAAAAAACAUUUUCUUUCUAAAGCAAAACAUUUCUUUUGGGAUGAGCCUUAUUUGUUUAAAACUUGUCCUGAUCAAAUAAUUAGAAGGUGUAUCCCUGAGUUUGAACAACAAAAUAUUUUGAAUCAUAGCCACACUUUAAGUUGCGGAGGACAUUUUAGUGGGAAGAAAACUGCAUUGAAAGUCUUGCAGUCUGGUUUUUAUUGGCCCACUUUGUUCAAGGAUGCAUUUGAAUUUUGUGCUAAGUGUGAUAGAUGCCAGAGGACUGGUAAUAUAAGUAAGCGUCAUGAAAUGCCCCUUUCAAAUAUUCUGGUUAUUGAUCUCUUUGAUGUUUGGGGAAUUGAUUUCAUGGGGCCUUUUCCUACUUCCUUUGGUUAUAAUUAUAUUCUUGUGGCUGUUGAUUAUGUGUCAAAAUGGGUUGAAGCUGUAGCUACUAGGACAAAUGACAGUAAAGUUGUUUUGAAAUUUUUGAAAGAUAUUUUUGCCAGGUUUGGGACGCCCAGAGCUAUUAUUAGCGAUGAAGGUACCCACUUCUGUAAUAAACUUUUUGCAGGACUACUGAAAAAAUAUGGCAUUACUCACAGGGUGGCUACCCCGUACCAUCCACAAACCUCUGGCCAAGUAGAGGUAAGUAACAGACAAAUUAAAGGGAUCUUGGAAAAAACGGUAAAUUCUUCUCGAAAGGAUUGGGCCGUCAAAUUGAAUGAUGCACUGUGGGCUUACAGGACAGCCUACAAGACCCCAAUUGGCAUGAGCCCGUACAGGUUAGUAUUCGGUAAAGCUUGUCAUUUGCCAGUGGAGUUAGAACAUAAAGCCUAUUGGGCUAUUAAAUUCCUAAAUUUUGAUUUGCAAAAAGCUGGUGAGAUAAGAAAAUUAAAUUUGAAUGAAUUAGAUGAAAUACGAAAUGAGGCUUAUGAAAAUUCAAAAAUUUAUAAAGAGAAAACCAAGGUCUAUCAUGAUAAAUUCAUUUUGAGGAAAAAUUUUGAACCUGGUAUGAAAGUUUUGUUAUUUAACUCUCGUUUAAGAUUGUUUCCAGGUAAGUUAAAAUCUAGAUGGACAGGGCCUUUUGUGAUAGUUGAAGUAUUUUCUCAUGGUGCCUGCGUGAUUAAAAAUCCAAAAACAGGUGAACAAUUUAAGGUGAAUGGGCAAAGACUUAAGCAGUACUUUGAGGGAGAACCAUCAGCCCAUAAUGUUGACCAGGUAGAGUUACACGUUUUUGAAUGCCCAUGUUGUCUAGCUCUAGACAAUAACUGA